GUUCGCUCGCGGUCCUUCGUGAGUCGCGAGCGUGCGUGCGUGAGAGGAGGGGGGAUGAUGUCGCUGCUGCCGCUGGCCGCGCUCGAAGCUCGACGAGGACGCCAGCAGCGUCUUCCGUAGGCGCGCGCGACGCCGCGCGUGAACGUCGCCCCGUGUGCGUAGGGGCAGUGGGCACGCCUUCGUCUUCACAGUGUCGCCGUCGUCGCAAGAAGAAACGACGGCGAAGGGAAUCAAGCUUCUCGCGCUCGUCUCCCGUCCCGCCUCCGAGCCCGAUGCGCUCCUCCUCGCGAGACCAUGGCUUCGGUGAAGGUGGCUGUGAGGGUACGACCCUUCAACAAGAGGGAGGUGGCGAUGAACGAGAAGCUGAUCGUGCAGAUGGACGGCAAGAAGACGCGGAUCUUCAAUACCAAGACACCGGAUAGCUGCAGAGAUAUCGACCGGGGAAAGUACAAAGACUUCACGUUCGAUCACUCCUACUGGUCCUUCGACCCGAACGACGAGAACUAUGCUUCCCAGGAAGAGGUUUUCUACGAUCUUGGUACGGACGUAAUAGAAAGUGCCUUCGAGGGCUACAAUGCCUGCGUUUUUGCCUACGGCCAGACAGGAUCCGGGAAGACCUUCACGAUGAUGGGCACGCCGGAAUCCCAGGGGUUGAUACCACGGAUCUGCAAGACGCUCUUCGCCAGAAUGGCAGCGGGGAAAGAAAGCGGUGCGUCUUACAGGACGGAAGUGUCCUUCUUGGAAAUCUAUAAUGAGAGAGUGAGAGACCUGCUAAGACUGGACCAGAGCCAAUCCCACUCGUUGAGGGUACGGGAACACCCCACGGGUGGGCCCUACGUACAAGAUCUAUCGUGUCAUCUCGUCUACGAUUACUCGGACAUUCAGGAAUGCAUGGUGAGAGGUAAUACGCACAGGACGACGGCCAGCACAAUGAUGAACGACGUGAGUAGCAGGAGUCACGCGAUUUUUACGAUAACCUUCGUACAGGCCGGCCUCUCGGAAGGCAACAUGCCGUCGGAAACCGUUUCCAAGGUGCACCUAGUCGACCUGGCCGGAAGCGAGCGCGCGAACGCGACCGGGGCGACGGGUCAGCGGCUGAAGGAAGGCGCGCAUAUCAACAAGUCCUUGGUGACUUUAGGCACUGUGAUAUCCACGCUCUCGGAGGUGAGUUCCGCCAGCGGCGACACAUCCGCCAGCAAGCGAAACGCCUUCAUCCCCUAUCGGGACAGUGUGCUCACGUGGCUGCUGAAGGACUCCCUCGGCGGCAAUUCCAAGACCAUCAUGAUCGCCACGAUCAGCCCGGCUGAAUGCAACUACAACGAUACUCUGAGUACGCUCAGAUACGCGAAUCGCGCGAAGAACAUCAUCAACAAGCCGACCAUCAACGAAGAUGCGAACGUCAAGCUCAUCAGAGAACUCAGGGCGGAGAUAGAGAAGCUCAAGUCCCUCAUCGACAAGAACAUGAGCGUGGAAAGGCCGCCGCAAGUGUUGCUGGCUCAAAUCCAGGAGAAGCAGGAACAGGAGAAAGUGCUGACCGAGGAGUGGACGGAAAAGUGGCGAGAGACACAGCAGAUUCUGCAAGAGCAAAAAGCGCUGGGACUGAGAAAGAGCGGGGUUGGCGUUGUGCUCGACUCAGAAAUGCCUCAUCUCGUCGGUAUCGACGACGACCUCCUCAGUACUGGCGUCACGUUAUAUCACCUGAAAGAAGGGAAGACGUUGGUCGGCACGGAGGAAGCACCAGUCGUCCAGGACAUUGUAUUAACCGGCGCGGACGUGGAGGCAGAACACUGCGUGGUUGAGCUGGACAAUGGCGUGGCGACGCUACACCCUCUAUCGCCCCACUGCUGGAUCAACACCGCUCAAGUGGACAAACCGACUAGGUUGUCCCAAGGCUGCAUCAUCCUCCUGGGCAGAAACAACAUGUUCCGAUACAACGACCCGGCCGAGGCGGCGAAGCUGCGGAAGGAGGGCGGCUCAGGCAACGGCAACCUGCAGUCGACGGUCGUCAAUCUGUCGAGGUUGUCGCUCCUGAGCUGGAGCGUCUCCGACUUGCAUGCUUCCUGCUCCAGCGACAAUCUUCUGAACUCUAGUGAGGACCUCAGGGCGGUCGAGGAGCUAGAACAGCAGAAGGCCGCGCUGCUGAAGGAGAAGGAGGACUUUAAGAGAGAGCAAGAGGAACGCGAGGAGCGGUGGGCUGCGAGACGCGAGGCUCUGGAGGGUGCCCAGCGCGAGUUGGAGCGCGAAUGGGGUGCGCAAUGGAAGGAAUGGGCGGACGCGAUCGCUGCCCUGGAGGCGCGGCAGCGCGAGCUGCGCGCGCGCCGGCACGUCCUGGAGCAAGAACGGCGGGACGAGAUGACGCAAGUAGAAAAUAUGUGUAGGGAAGUCGCCUAUCUGCGCACAUUAUUGCAGUCCAAGCAUCGGCAGCUGCAAGAGCUCGUCAGCAGCCACGAACGCGCGCAAAACCAAAAUCAUCGCUGGGAGAAGACGGAUAACGGCAGCGACAGCAGCUUGCCCGAGUCCUGGUCCAGCCUGAACGACGAGAAAUGCAUCGACAGCGUUAGAGAGCUAGUCAAUCAUCAUAAAAAAGAGUUGGCUGCUCUAGAAAGCGAGCUGCAGAGCAAGGUCCGAUCGCUGAACGAGCAUCAGAGCAAGGUGGACAAGAUGGAGGAGGAGCUGAUGGAGAUUGCCAAGAGGCAGAAGCAAAUGUUCAAGGCGGAGUUGGGCAUCGCAGGAGUCUCGGAGAAGAAGUUGUUGCUGGCGAAACGAACUGAGGAACAGUUGCAGGAGAUUGUGCGGCGGAAGCAGAGCCUAUCGUUGGACCUAAAGCGCGCCCUGCCCGCGUCUCCAGGUGACGAACGGUCAUCGUACGGCGAGACGGCGUCCGACUGCGACUCGAAGUCGCUCUUCCAGGAAGCGACCAAUAGGAAGCACCAAAUCGCCUCGGCAUUGAAGCUACUGCCGCAGAGCAUACCAAGCUCCAUCGACACUGCGGAAACGUUCCACACGGCGGCGGCCGACUCGCCGGAGCUCCGUAUCUUCGAGAACGCCGACGCGAUGCGGAACAACGCCAUGAAGGUCGAGAGAGAGAACAACGAGGAACGGAAGGAAAAUGGCAUGCGAGAUGAUCAUUUAGCGCAAGACGAUGCGAAUCUGUCCCAGGUGAUGGAUGAGAACUUGACUGACGUGAGCAAGGUCGCUUCCACGGAGUCGAUGAAGACUGAUGAAGAGGAAAGGAAGCUGCAGCUGGCCACGGUGACCCUCAUCUCGGAGAACAUGCUCCAGGACUCGCUGGAAUCGCCGAUACAGCAGAAUCCGGCGAUGAAGAGGCUGAACCAAAGAAUCGCGCGCCAACGGAUGAUGGUGAUGAGAUGCCUGGACGCUGGCACGCCGUCGAAGGAAGAUCUCAAUCGGCAGAUAAUGAUACUGCAGGAUCUGCAGAGGCAGCAGAUCGAACUGGAGGUGUCGCUGCUGGAGGACGAACGGAAGAAUAACUCCAGCCGGCAACUCCAGUGCGAGGACGACGGCGCCGGCAACGACGAUCGGCUCGUCGUCAGCGAGACCGAGGACUAUGUACAGCACGAACCAAAUGCUUACUGUAGUGUUGUAGAACCUACGAAUAAUAGCUCCGCUAUUCUGUUGACGGUAGCGCAAACCAGAUCUCAACUUUUCAGGAAUAACAGGCCUAACGCUAACGAACAAGAGUCUUUAUCGGAAUCGUUAGCGUCCAAAAGAUCCUCCAAUCGAGGCUACUCGACAGUUUAUUUAACGAGCCAGAACCGAAGCGACCGUUUGAGCAGCCCAUACUCCCUAACGAUCACGAGGUCCCUACCGUCGUUGAUAGCGAGCAACGGCGAUUGCGACAGCGUGAUCAACAUGAUCGUCAGCGUACCGUCGUACGUGAUACGAGGAGCUGGCGCAUCCAGUCACUACGAGUAUGAAGUGCGAGUCGUUGCACAGGACGACACCUGGACUCUUCUGCGUAGAUACAGAAGAUUUCGGGAGUUGUAUGUAUCGAUGCGACAAAAGUACGGUAGCAAGGUCGCGGCGAUACGCUUUCCUCCACGCCAGGUCUUUCCAAAGUACGAGGUCGUGGCGAGGCAACGACGAAAACGCCUCGAGGAGUACCUCCGCCGAUUGAUCCAGGUUUGCUCGGAGCUGCCGCACUGCGAGCCCCUCUACAAAUUCAACGGCAAUCUUAGCAACGUAGACAAGCAAUCUCUGCUAGAAUUCAGCUCCUUCUUCAGACGCGGCAUGUUCGAGAGCAGCAAAUAUGGGACUAGCUAAGGUACACCGUCGCGCGAUGCAAUACUCGGUCUUCCUCGGGUGUCGAGGAGGCGGCCAGCAGUAAAAACAAGGAGACGGAGAACACGGCGGACGUUCGCGAUCCAUUGCGUCUUUUCCCCGUUUUUUUUUCCACUUGCGAAGACGCGGAGCGCGCGACUAGAGUAAGACAUCGGCGAAAUAUCGUAGCGCAAUGUAGCUACACAGGACGAGCCGCCUGACACUCGUAACUGUGACGUUUCCUGAACUAUCCGACGUCGUGUCGCGGCAGACUACGCCGGAUUCUCUCGCGACACAGCCGAUGCAUAGUUCCCAAUAAGUAUUAAGAAUUAUUUAAAUUAUUUAAUUGAUGAGCGGGUUACGAGCGUUGGGUGAGAGUCCCACACGAUUCCUUAGUCGUUACGAAACUGUAUGCUUCCAGAAGUAUGCUUAGCGAUUGUAAGACUGGUCUUAGAAAAUCAACGUUCCUUCCCCGAUAUUGUCUGGAGCGCGUGGAUGCAAGCUCGCUGGAGACAAUAAACGGAACAGCAACGUAAUAUAUUCUUUAAGAGAGAGAGAAAGAGAGAAAACACAAGAGUAAGAAAAUCAUCUAUGGGCGUUUGGCGAGGCAAAACAUAUCGCGUCAUAGUGUGAUUUUAUAUUUUUUCCUUUACAGAUAUUUUCCUAAUAUCUUUCUCCUGAUAGAGUUCGCAAUCACGAAGUGUACCUUCCUUCGCGAGAGACGUAGUCGGGUCUUGUAGUUGAUAUCAGAAUUCUGGUUAAGUAUUAUAAACGGCAGAAAAAGAAAAAAAGGGAAGAAAGAGUACGCGGGACGUUAUUGUAGAAUUACGCGAGAUCAGCCGACAGCGCUGACCACGCAACCGCGCAUAGUUUGCUCGUAGAUAGCGCCGGAGGUUUAUUUAUUUUACACGCCGAGUAGCGUUUUGUACGCAACUAGGGUUACCAGAUGCACUCUUGCAAGAGUAAAUAUACUCUUUUUGAGGUGGUAAAAGAAUACUCUCCACUUUUUAACGGUAACGAUUCCGUUGAUGCCAGUGAUACGUGCAGCUUUCCAAUAGAGGAUUUGUACAGCGUGUGGCGCCUGACGUACACUGGGGUGUAUUGAAAUAUCAGUUUCACCCCACUUGUUAAAUGUUUUUUUUCGUGUUCCGCAAUUUUUCGGAUUCUUCUCUGCAAUGUAUUCUUUUUCGAUGCCAUCUGGUAAUCCUACACGCGAAGAUCGACACCGAGCGGACUUUCCGUUAAUAGCGUAAUAAUUAUUGCUGCUUGUAAAGUUAGCGGUGUGUGUUACAAACACGAGAGACGUCAUAUCGCUGUUGAAGUUCUUCCGGUUCCGGGGAUCUAUAUAUGUAUAGUAUAUACGUUACAUAAAUAAUAUUAUAGCGCGCGAGGAAUUAACGGUUGAACAGCGGGAUGCAUUGUUAUGCGAUUAUCGGUGUUUAUUCGAAUAAUAAUCGAAACGAAACCAAAGCUCGAUCAUGACAUGACAAUUUUCAUCGUUUCUAAAGGAUUUACUUGCUGUCGUCGCGAAUAACGAUUGGUCGGAUCGAUCACCAGACUGUGCGAUUGCAGUAUUAAAGUUUACCAAAAAAAAGAAACUUUUUAUCGGCAUGUAAAAGAAAACAAACCGAACUCGAGAAGACAUUGUGUGAUGAUGCGAGAAGACCGCUUCCUACGUAGCCAGGACGGACGUUUCGGCCUCGUGUCUUCUCACCGGAUCAUCCUCGUCGAGAUACGCGACGAAAAAAAGAGACGAAAGGAGACAAUGUAACAGCUUAUCAGUCUCGCGAGGAACGCUAUCGUUCAGCAUCGUAAAAUUAGGAUCUAUAAACUAAACGCCACAACGUACGAUAAAUAUGCUUUUCUCGUAUAGAGUACGAUUAAAAAUAUUUACUCCCCCAUGGCUGUGUGUAACCGGACUCGAGAAAAAAAAAA